UCCAGAGCCCGGGCCUUCAAGGAGCAGACGACGCACCUCGAGAGCUUCUGAGGCAACAAGUGGCGCUGUCGGUGACGUUUCUGGAAGCUCGGGCGGGGCAGAAGACUCUGGCAGUCGGUCCCUUGAGGCCACAUCAGCCAGCGGCUCUACGACCGGGGCGCGUCGCCAUCCUCCGAUGCCACGACCACGCAAUGAUCAAAUGUCGGAACGGAGGCGACGCUACGCGUUGAGCGUCGUGCAACAACCGAGCACCGGCUGUGCGUUCGGGACCAAUCUCUUAUCACGAGUCAGCGUGUCGCCCCCUCUCAUUCUCCGACUGCGUGUCAGUGAGCCGGACGGUGCGGAAGUCCUUCCCUUCGACGAGCUACCUUUCAUGCUGUGCCAACUUCGCCUGGUCACCGCGACAGGGCAACCCGCAGACAUGCUGUCUCCUGUGCCUAACCAGCCAGCUGCACCAGACGCAGAGGAAUCGGGCGCUGCACCCUCUGAACCGCCUCGGAGACCAAUCCCUAGAGCUCAACAGCCAUCCAUUCUCCAGGGCAGCGCAGACGGACCAGCAAUGGAAGGCUCGACCCCGUCUCCACCUAGAGUGCCGACUUCGCAUAGCAGCAGCCCGGCUCAUGCACAGAGUGCAGCGGUGCCUGUGCGAAUGCUCUACGGCAAUAUGGUGGCUUUUGGCGUUCGGAUACCAGAGACUCAGGGCCAAAACACUCCUCAUGGGAUCUUUUUCGUCUUUCCAGACAUCUCUAUCCGAUCACGCGGCCGCUUCCGACUUGUUGCUGACCUCAAUCGAAUGCCAAAGUGAGUGUGCGCCUCGGCGUCCUGAUAGCACGAUUCGAGCUCAGCGGUCGGCUAACCCCACG